UCACUCACACGUUUGGACUUAAGACUGUUUUAUUUGCCUUUCUUUAAAAAAAAAAAAAAUACCAGCAGCAGCAGCUCUCCCCCAUCUUUUCCUAGCAUUUCAAUUUCAAUUAUUUCAUCUUCAUUGUUUGGGUCGCUGAAAAAAGCCCUCAUCUUGAUUUACGGGGAGACAAAAACGAAUAUAAAAGAACCAAACAACAUUAUGUCUGGAACAAAAUUCCACAAACAUCAUCGUCUAAAUGUUGGAUAUUUAUUAUUUACUAUUUCUUAUUAGUUAAGUAAUUGCAUUUAUCAAUUCAAUUCCCUACUUAUAUGAUACUUCGUAAUAAUAAUAGAAUGAUGAAGCCCAGGAUCAGUUUUAUCCUAACAGUGUUGUUGCUAUAUAAAACUGCAAGUGUUGUUUCAGUAGUGGUACCUGCCACCAGUUGUUAUGUUCUUGACAAUUCUAGCCACAUUCAUGAUUUUAGCAACUGGAUAGGAAAAGAGUUCGAGUAUGAUGGAGCGGGUACCGACUUUGCUGUUCGGUUCUGUACAGAUGUUGAAAGUAGAUCAAACCUGGGAUAUGUUGGUUUUGGCAGAUUUGAUGCUUUCCACUAUUUUGCUGCUGGUUCAGGACAAUAUGAUUUUGUUCAGGAAUUUUACAAUGGUGAUCUCCGACUAUGUGAAAAAACUCAUGACAAAAGAGGGCGGACGGCUCAGUUAAACAUAAUAUGCGGUGAUUGCCCAAAUGCGCGGUGCAAAGGUGGGCUCGAAUGUGUAUGCAAUGUUACAUUUGAAUCGGAUUGCAGAAUUAUUGUUGAACUUGCAAUUGCAUGUGAGAAACCUGGUGCACGAGUGUUUGAAGGAUUCACUGUCGGUUUUCAUCCACGGUCAUGGGAAAUUGUUUACAAUGGCAUGACUCAAUACGGUUAUGAAAAGGCAUACAUGGACUACAGUUUUGACACAGACCAGAGUCGUCUAUCACUCUAUAUGACUGCAAUUUCUUCAAUUUCUCAAUUAGUGACAAUUCCGACCAUUACGGUUUCCCCUGACACCGGUUUGGAGGUUACUUUGUCUGGAUCGGCAGCAACUGGGAGUCCACCCACUACUUUGUCUCCAACAUUGUUGAAUAUAGACUGGAGAUGCGAAAGAGCCCAUGAUAGUCCAUAUGAGGUCCAGGUAACCAUCCCAGUGGAUGGUUAUGAUCCCGUCAAGUUUACUCUUACAAAAAUGUGUAAAUUUAAGCAAAGUGAAUCUGGAAACUCUACUAAAGGAUGGGCAAUAUUUGGAAUUAUAUCAUGCAUAUUCUUUGCCAUUUCAACACUGUUUUGCUGCGGUGGCUUUAUUUACAAGAUUCAAGUACAAAAGCAGCAUGGGAUUGAUGCACUGCCAGGCAUGACCAUAUUAUCUGCAUGUUUGGAGACUGUGAGUGGUGCUGGAGGAGUGUCUGCCUACAUGCAGCCAAAUGACUUCAAUGAUGUUUAUGCAAGCCACGCCUCAUGGACCCGUGAUUCUGUUGCUUCUCCAGGAUCUUCAAAAACAAGUGAGAGAAGAUACGGGACAUAAUUAAGCUUUUGCUGGUAUUCAUCAUUUUGUGACUUCUACGCUCUAUAGCGGUGGAGACCAUAGUUUUAGAUCUUCCCCAGUAACAAAGCAAAAUGCAGAACCCGAAUUUGUAUGGUUGGUGGAGUCAUUUCUUUUCUUAUUAUACUUUUAAAGAACACUGAAGUCAACACGAGUACUUUGAUUGCUCGAUUUAUACGUUUGUUGAUUUUCCAUUACUUGUGGAUGUUAUAUUUCGAUGUGCUGGCUUGUCUUUGAAUUUCGGCAUAUUAAUUUGAGAAAUGAUAAUAUACUUGAUUAA